AUGAAGAACACCUCGCAGACAGCAAACAAUAGGCUCAAAAUUCGAAAGUCGUUUGUGCCAAAACUGGAAGCAAACUUUGUACCUCAAUCGGCAUACCCUUAUGAGAACGAAGGGCCUGCAUGCAAGUUUUAUUACGACAUUGACAGAACUGAGAUGUACAUAGUUGGUGUGUUCGGAACUAUUGUCGGCAGCAUGGGAAUCGUGUUCAACGUCAUCAAUUUGGUGGUACUGUUCCUGAGGAGAUCGGGGAAGUCAACGAUGACGCCAUCGCUAUUUGUGCUUCUCUCCUUCUGCGAUCUCGUGUUCCUGGUGACCUUCUGCCUGUUUGGCUCCUGGCAAAUCCUGCUGUAUUACUACCACCCUGAUCAGCCCAAUCUGGCCGGCGAAAAGUUCAAGGACUACGUAGACGUUGUCUGCACAGCAGCGGUCAGCGGCUCCAUCUUCACCACCGUGGCUCUCACAGCUGACCGCUGCCUGGCCGUGACACGCCCCUUUCAGUGGUCAACUCAACGCAGCAACGUCUGCUACUACGUUAUCGUUGUCGUGGUCGUCUUCGCUGCCUUCCUCCUCAGUGUUCCCAUGCUGGUGGACAGAGCCACCAACAUUGGUGACGUCGACUUAUCAAACUGCAGCAGACUCGUCGAUAAUAACGUGUCUGAACAUCACAGCGGGACGAAUACGACAUUUCUGUCCGUCCCCGAAUUCCCCACAAAAGACCCAGAUGCGCCAGACUCAAAGAACGUGUGGGCCGACCAGAAUAGUGAUUUUCAAAUGACAUACUCGAGCAAUUUUUUCCAUAAUGAAAUCUACUUGAAAAUCGUUAUGCCGCUUUUUCAACUGCUUCUCCCUGCUGUAGCCAUCGUUUGUCUCACAGUCUACACUCUACUCUCUCUACGUCACAAUAAAGUAGGCGUGGACACAGGCACGACAUCACGACAACCUUCGAAAGUCGCUAAAGCGUCCAACCGUAUCACAGCGCAGGUUAUCGCAAUGGCAACCGUCACAUUGGUAGCCAAUGCAAUGUUCGCUUUGUCUACUGUUGUCCUGGCUAUGGAAGACACUAUCUAUAUCAACCAAUGUUCCGAGUUUUGCGUAAUUAUUUUUAGCCUUGCGCACGUUGCUCUUGCGUUGAAUUCUAGCGUCAAUCUGAUCCUCUACUGCAUUUUCAACAAGACUUUCAGGCAUGAAGUUUUCCGAAUAAUUAUGCCCUGGAAGAGAUGCAAGAAAAAGUUUGACCUCCCCACAAGUGGUACAACAACCUCACAGCAGCAACGGAGUUCAAGAAAGAAUGUUUCUACUUCUGCUUCGAGAAAAUUCUAG